AUGAAGCGAGACCGUCGCUCUAUGUCUCCAAGCAUGUAUUUAGCUAUGUCAACCACGGCAGCUAUAGCCACCAGUGGUGCCACAACCACGGCAGCUGUAGCCACCAGUGUUGCCACAACCACGGCAGCUAUACCCACCAGUGGUGCCACAACCACGGCAGCUGUAGCCACCAGUGGUGCCACAACCACGGCAGCUAUAGCCACCAGUGGUGCCACAACCACGGCAGCUAUAGCCACCAGUGUUGCCACAACCCCGGCAGCUAUAACCACCAGUGUUGCCACAACCCCGGCAGCUAUAACCACCAGUGUUGCCACAACCACGGCAGCUAUAACCACCAGUGGUGCCACAACCCCGGCAGCUAUAACCACCAGUGUUGCCACAACCCCGGCAGCUAUAACCACCAGUGGUGCCACAACCCCGGCAGCUAUAACCACCAGUGUUGCCACAACCACGGCAGCUAUAGCCACCAGUGUUGCCACAACCACGGCAGCUAUAACCACCAGUGGUGCCACAACCACGGCAGCUAUAACCACCAGUGGUGCCACUACCACGGCAGCUAUAGCCACCAGUGUUGCCACAACCACGGCAGCUAUAACACCAGUGGUGCCACAACCACGGCAGCUAUAA